ACGUUCUCCAUAUUGCAUCUUGCAUAUUACGUGCAUAAGCUUAUAAGGCAAAGUGCUCUCGAAAAUCGAUUUUUUGUCUUAUUUUUCGUUCAAUUUCUAUCUUUUGACCGUCUUGUGCAGCCCUGUGUGUUUUUCGGCACUUUUUGCUCGUUGCGAGUGGAUAAAGACCAUAAGCAACGAGGAGUGAGGACACUCAAGUUUUCUUCGCCUGGAGUAAGGAAUAUCGUCAUCUACUCAGUUCUCUUCAAUAAGUCGUUCGUCCGAUUGGGCGCUAUCGUUUUAUAUGACUUUAGAAAGACACAAAGAGACAUUAUUAACCAAAAGUAUAGUUGGGAGUUCGGGGCUCGAGCCAGCGAGGUGUAUGACUUCGCAGCGUCGAAAGCUUACCCCUUAUAGGAAUACGAAAUUCGCUUCCAAUAGGCACCGGAAACUGCAGCCUUUUAGAGAAACGUGACUCGUCGACCCUGCCGAUAACCACAUCAACAAGUGUCAUCGCCUACCGUCGCGUAUCGUUUUUGUUUCUCGUCCACGAUUAACCGACCACUAGUUCGUCCGUCGGACGGCAGCCGACUAUCGUGCGUCGGACUAACCACCACCCUUCAUCCCCCGCCAUUUUACUUCACACUUUGAACCCCCCAACCGUUUGUCCCACACGCUCCCCAGUGCUGUCCAUUUUGACUAUUUUUUUAUAAUUAGGUGUCCAUAAUAUCCUUGCUCUUCCUUGUGUUAAAUUAGAUAACGAGCAUCAAAAUGAGCGUCAACGUCAACCGUAACGUUAGCGAUGUUUUCUAUCGUUACAAGAUGCCUAGGCUUCAAGCCAAGGUCGAGGGUAAAGGUAAUGGUAUUAAAACCGUUAUCGUCAAUAUGGCCGAGGUCGCUAAAGCCAUUGGUAGACCGCCCACUUACCCUACCAAAUAUUUUGGAUGCGAAUUGGGAGCUCAAACUUUGUUUGACUUUAAGAAUGAACGUUUUAUCGUAAACGGUUCUCACGAUGCCGUUAAACUUCAGGAUUUAUUAGAUGGCUUUAUUCGUAAGUUUGUGUUAUGCCCGGAAUGCGAGAAUCCCGAAACCGAGCUGUUGGUGAGCACCAAGAAAAAUACCGUCACCCAGGGAUGCAAAGCUUGCGGCUACCACGGACUCCUAAUCAGCAACCAUAAGCUGAUGACGUUCAUAUUGAAGAACCCGCCGAACUUGAACCCGGCCACCCAGGGCUCCUCGUUGACCGAGGGUAAGCGUAACAAGCGCAGCAAGAAGAACGGCGAAGGAAACGGACACGAAAAUGCCGGAGACGAGUCGGUCAGUGACGGCUCGAUUCUGGAGUCGUCGCAGUCGCAAGAGAAUAACGGCAUCGGCGGUAACGAGCAGGAGGAGGACGACGAUCAGGGGUGGACCGUCGAUGUGUCCGAGGAAGCGGUUAGGGCCCGUAUGCAGGAUCUGACAGACGGAGCAAAAUGCAUGACGAUCAGCGAUGAUUUGGAAAAGACCGAGAAGGAACGCAUGGACAUUUUCUACACACAAGUGAAAAGGAAACUCGACGAGGCCGCCCUGGAAAAAGCGGAAGUACAGAAAGAGCUGCUCGCGGAGGCCGAACGUUUAGAGAUCAAAACUAAAGCUCCUCUGGUUCUCAUGGAAUUGUUGUUCGACCAGAAUGCUUUGCAGCAGGCCAAAAAAUAUCGUCCUCUGCUACUUCGGUUUACACUAAACGAUAAGAAGGCGCAGCGUUACCUGAUCGGCGGAUUGGAACAGGUGGUGGCUUUGCACAAAUCCGUGCUCAUGCCAAGAGUGCCCGUUUUGCUGAAAUUGCUUUACGAUCUGGAUGUACUGCAAGAGCAGUCUAUUUUGGAUUGGUCCGAAAAGGUGUCUAAAAAAUAUGUUUCUAAAGAGCUUAGCCAGGAGAUUCACGAUAAGGCGGCACCAUUCAUUAAGUGGUUGAAGGAGGCUGAUGAGGAAUCAUCCGAGUCUGAGGAGGAAUCUGAUGGAGAGGUGGAAAUCGAGUACAACGAUCGUGCUCAGGUGACGCCACUAAAAUCAGCGCCCGUGGCGCCGAAGGUGUCAAAACCGGCGGUCGAGGACGAGGGCCCGGACGACGUCGACAUCGACGCCAUCUAGAGACGGCGGCGGCAAUAACGGCAGGGUCAAAUCGUUUCCCAGUUUUCAAUGUCAAAAAAACGCUGCUUUACUUUCAUACUAUUACUAAAAAUCGGUGUUUUUUUUUUACAUUACUUUUACUAUGCAUAAGAAAGGUGUUUAUUAUAUUUACAUGAUAUAAUUGCGAAUAGGUUAAAAUAUUGCGGCUCAGUGGGAGAGGCAGUUGUUGAUUCCGCUGCCGAUUUCUGUGAGAGUGCAAUUUUAUUAUUGUUUUAAUGUCGAAUAAAAAGAAUACAAAAGCAA